AUGUGGAUAGAGACCCUGCGAAGAUUUCUUUGGGAAAGGGAAAGCGAAGAUCCCUGCAUGUCACUGAAUCCACCAUGCUUCACAGAAGAAGAUAGAUUUAGUCUGGAAGCUCUUCAGACGAUCCAUAAACAAAUGGAUGAUGACAAAGAUGGUGGAAUUGAAGUAGAUGAGAGUGAUGAAUUUAUUAGAGAAGACAUGAAGUAUAAAGAUGCUACUAAUAAGCACAGCCAUUUGCACAGAGAAGAUAAGCAUAUAACUGUAGAGGAUUUGUGGAAGCGAUGGAAAACAUCAGAAGUUCUCAAGCUGUUUUAUGGAUGGGAAUUCUUCAGGGCAGGAAAAGCUUCUGACCUGAAACCUCAACACAGCCUCUUAUGCUAAGAAGCUACUAAAA